GGAUAAAGAGGAAGAAUUGGUGGAAAAGGCAGAGCAAAGAAGUACCGAAGAAUGUGAUGGUGAUGAAGCAAAACGCACAGACUUUGACACUUCUAAGGAAGAAAUGCAGAUUGUGGAAAAGACAAAGAAAAAGAGUACCAAAGACGGUAGCGGAACAAACCAGCAAAAUCUGGAUACUUCAAAGGAUAAAGAGGAAGAAAUGGAAAUGGCGGAAAAGGCAAAGCAAAGCAGUACCGAAGACGGGGAUGACACAAAAGAGACAAAUUUGGACACUUCAAAGGAUAAAAAGCAAGAACAUAUAAAGGAAAGAAGUACCAAAGACGGUAAUGAAACAAAAAACUCAAAUGUGGACACUUCAAAGGAUACAGAGGAAGAAAGGGAAAUUGGGGCAAACGGUGAGCAAAGCCUUAAUGAAGGCGGAAAUGAAAGAAAACAGCAAGAUGUUGGUACUUCAAAGGAUACAGAGGAAGAAAGGGAAAUUGGGGCAAACGGUGAGCAAAGCCUUAAUGAAGGCGGCAAUGAAAGAAAACAGCAAGAUGUUGGUGCUUCAAAGGAUAGAGGGGAAGAAAGGGAAUUUGGGACAAACGGUGAGCAAAGCGGUGCUGAAGGCGGCAAUGAAACAAAACAGCAAGAUGUUGGUACUUCAAAGGAUAAAGAGGAAGAAAGGGAAACUGGGGCAAACAGUGAGCACAGCAGUACUGAAGGCGGCAAUAAAAGAAAACAGCAAGGUGUUGGUACUUCAAAGACUAAAAGAACAAGAAGAUCCACUAAAGACGAUGAAAUGCCACUUCUUGAGAAUCAGCAGAGACAAGAUGGAACAAGUGAGAACGAGUCAAGAGCACCGAGUAACGACCCGAUUAUCCAAAUAGAACCAGAUCCAAGUGAAAAUGAACUGAAAGAACUGAAAGAAGAUUUCCUUCAACUUCUCAAGGAUAAUAAAGACAUUACAACAUCAACAAAACUGGAGAUUGCACAAACAAUUGUAGAAGACGAUCCACGCUAUAAACGCGCUUGCACUACUGAUAAAGUGCCACAGUGGUACACGGAAUACAUAUAUGAGAAGGUAAAGGAAGAUUUUCAUACCUUGUUAGAUGAGAAAGCGAAUACAAUUAAAACAUGGAGACGAGCAAAGAUGAUAAUAGACCAUGAUCCUCGAUAUGAAGUCAUUGGAAAUGAGGACGUCGGAAAGCAAUUUUUUCUAGAGUAUUGGAGCAAAAACUGCUUACAAUGUUGCUGUAAAAAGAAAUGCAGCUGCUGUACUUGCUGCUGUGACUGCCUUACUUGCUGCUGUAAUCGCUGUACUCGCUGCUGUAAUAAAUGGCGUUCUUGGAACGUUUUCUGGUGCUUAUUGCUAGGAAUAUCUUAUUCUGGAUCUGCAUUAGGUUUCCUCAUACGGUGGACGGCGGCUAAAGAUUAAAAUGCGCACAUGCUGUUGAAGGAAACUGGCAGAUUAAGCUACCACAUACAUUAUAUAAACAAUACACAAAGGUCUAAAUGGUAUUUACAUGUGACUAUUACCAGAGCUUUAUAAAACUCUGACAUAUUUUUGGAUAACAAAGAACCUUAUACCAAUGCAGGAAGUGCAUUCAGAAGAAAUAUUUUCAACGAGGUUGCUCCAAAUAUUUCAUAAGAAGUAGAACAGUGAUCAGUGACUGAAACAUAGAUUAGUUAAAAUAAAUAUUUCGUGUGCUUUAAAGAAUAAACUAUACCAUGACUGUACAGUGCCAAAAAAAAGGCAGUAGCAUUAUUUACCAUUGAAUAAAUACAAAUUGUUAUAUUAGGCACUUGAAACAAACUACCAACAUGUUUUACAUGACUUUAGAGGAUAACACAGAUAGUACAUUAUUGAAAACAAAAGCAACCCACCCAAAUGAAAACUAAACCAUAACAAGGCAAAUACAAUUGAAAAGUUGAAAAUUAUUUACCUUGCAUUUGAACAGCUCCCACAUGGAAAUGCAGUUAUUUGUUGAAGUUGGUUUGAUGAUCGAGCUAUUGAAUCGAUGAAUCUUUAAUUUGAAACCAAAACUUAAUUUUCAAAAUAUAGGUUAUAAAUUAAUAAUGAAAUAAUUCGGUGGCAAACUUAGGUAGAAAGUGAACAUUUUCUGUUUGAAAGUAAUGUAAGACAUCUUAGACAAAUCAAGUAAUAUUUAAGUAAACACGUUUCCGAAGUAACAUCCGAUUAAUUUCCUCCCACGACCAGAUAAAAUUUUGCGUUACACGUUGAACACACAUUGAUUUUGAAUGAAAUAAGAGGACUGACAGCCGAAUGUUGCUGAAUUGUUUGAAAAAUUAUAUAUUAAUUUUCCUUAACAAUUAGAAUUUUUCAAAGGGAACAAGAAUAUAAUUAUUUCAUUAUUUUACUUAACUACUUUAAGACGUUUAUGAAAACACUUAUGUGUAUAGAAAGUAUCUUAUAAUAUACCUCUGAUGAAAUUUUACAUAGUCGUAAACUGAAGAAACCCAAUGAGACAUUUCUUCAGAUAUUAUCACAUGAAAAUGCAAACUUCUGAAUCUAAACUUAUGAUGUUAUUUGGACAAGUCUAUUGAGCAAUACAUGUUCCAUAGAAAAAAAAGAGAGAGAUAACCUUUACCAGUUCAAACAAGUGUUUUCGGUUUCCAAAUUAAGGCCAUAAUUUUCAGUAAGAAAAAAUGUGCAGAGCCAGAUGAAACUUAUAAUUGAUUUUAUGAUAGCGAAAUAAAGAGCUAUUUAAUUUUAUAAAGACAUCAAGAAAAACAACAACAACAACAAAGGGGAAUAGAUAACAACUUGCAGGGAACUAAAAAUGCUGUAUAGAACCAAAGUCAUUCCGAAAGUCAACUUGAUAUAUUAAGAAAUCUAAAUUCGUUUUGGGAGUAUAUAAACAAAUAGUUAUUAUGACCAGUUGGAGUGAGUUGGAACUUACAAUAAAUCAGCACAAUAAGAAGAAUUUAUAUUUAAAAUGUUUAUUGAAAUAAACAUCCCUAAAACAUUUAUGUUAACAUAUAUAUAGUGAUUAAGUAAACAUAGUUGUAUCUUCGUAGACGUAAUUAAAAUAUAUUACUUGAACAGA